AUGAACGAACCCACCCAAUUUUACACCGAGAGUGAGGCGACGAACGGGUACUACAGCCAGAACGGCGACGGCACGGGACUGAUGCGCGACCUGAGCUCACCGGGGCUGUCGUCGAAUUUUUACGAGGCGGCGCCCGAGCUGGGGCAUUACUACGAUACCUCCGCCCCCGCCGCCGAGGUCGAGCCCGCCGCCGAACAGCCGUUCUACGUCAACGCUAAGCAGUACCACCGCAUCCUCAAACGACGUAUUGCUCGAGCUAAGCUCGAGGAGAACCUCAAGAUCGCCCGGACCCGCAAGCCCUACUUGCACGAGUCGCGGCAUAAACACGCCAUGCGGCGACCUCGAGGACAGGGAGGGCGGUUUUUGACGGCGGCCGAGAUUGCCGAAAAGGAGAGACAGGACAAGUUGAAGGAGAUGGAACAAAAUGGCGAGCUGGCCCCGUCGCAAGACCCGCUGCUGGCGCUGCUGCUGGCGGGUCAGCCCCAAACCACGUGA